CCUUCGUUGACUCCGCCCACAUUCCGCUGACCCGCAGCGGCGCUGUAAAUAUGGCGGAGCCCUCCUUGGGGAGUUCAAGCCCAGAGAUGCUGUUGCCUGAUUAUGAUGAUGAUCAAACCCUCGAAGAUGAGGAGGUUCCAGAGGGUGAAACUAAUUUUGGCACUGAGAUAGAAGAACUUGCAAAGGAGCAAGAAAUGCCCAUUCAGGAGCUCCUAAGUCUCUACGGUUAUGGAGGCAGUGGAUCACCUGAGGAAGAGGAGGAGGAGGAGGAAGAUGAUGAAGAGGAUGUGGAUGGAGAGGAGGAGGAGGAGGAGGAGGAGGAGGAGGAGGAGGAGGAGGAGGAGGAUGAAGGAGAGGAUAUAGAUAAUGAUGAAAGCAGCAGAAGCACUGGAGAACUGAAGAAGAGCAAGGGGGAUGAAUCAAAGAUAUCCACAGGAAUGGUAAAUGAGAGCUACUCCCCUGACAGUCGAGUUUGUACAGUGCCAGACUGUAACACAGCUGAACUUAUACGUUCACAGAACCAUGGCUACUUUCAGAAUAAUGAAGUAGAUGAAGAGUCAGAGGAGGAUGAUGACUAUAUUCCCUCUGAAGACUGGAAAAAAGAAAUCAUGGUUGGCUCCAUGUAUCAGGCUGAAACACCAUCAGGACUGUGCAAAUACAAAGAUAAUGAGAAAGUGUAUGAAAAUGAUGACCAGCUGCUGUGGAAUCCUGAAAUCCUUACUGAAAACACUGUGGUUGAGUUUCUGACAGAAGCAUGUCGACGGACGGGAGAGGAGUCUGGAGUAGAUGCUAUUCCAGAAGGAUCCCACAUCAAAGACAAUGAGCAGGCAUUAUAUGAGUUGGUGAAGUGUAAUUUUGAUACUGCUGAAGCUUUACGAAGAUUAAGAUUUAACGUUAAAGCAGCCCGAGAGGAACUAUCUGUCUGGACAGAGGAAGAAUGUAGGAAUUUUGAACAAGGUUUAAAGGCUUACGGAAAAGACUUUCAUUUUAUCCAGGCCAACAAGGUCAGAACACGGUCUGUCGGAGAUUGUGUAGCUUUUUAUUACAUGUGGAAAAAGUCGGAGCGGUAUGAUUUCUUUGCGCAACAAACUAGACUUGGGAAAAGGAAAUACAAUCUUCACCCAGGAGUAACGGAUUACAUGGACCGACUUCUCGACGAGACAGAAAGCACUACUUCCAGUCGAGCAGCUACGCCCCUUCCUGCCGCCUCUAGCAGCAGCACCAGCCAGUCAGAGCGAGAGGAGACUAGCAGCCACAACGGACUCACCAGUCACAGCUCCAGUGCAGAUGCCACACAGAUGUUGAGCAGUGUGAACGAGGUGAAGAGUGAAUCUGUUCAGGCGAAUGGAGCAUCUAAACACAGUCUACUCUCAGAUCAUCUGGACUCUAAUGGCUGUAAACUUACAGACACCCACAACACAGACAGAAAUGGCUCAGUGAAGCACCAACAGGACUGCCAGGGUUUCGACAGGCCAACAAAAAAGUGCAGGACAGAAUCAGACUCACUGGCCCAGGUUGAGAUAGACCCUUCCAGGGUCAAAGAAGACUGAACAAGAACAAAAGUCAGGCCAAAAUCAGAAACUGGAGCGAUGAGACAGCGCUGUGACACCUCUCACCUCAUCCACCCUAAAUCCAAAGCUGAGCUGCUCCAAAAAUACUACCCUCCAAACCUAACUACAGCUGAUUAAUGCGCCUUUUUCAUACAACCAUUUUACAGAGAAAUGUAUAUUCUAUUUGUAAUGUCUGCUAUUUUUUUACCAACAAGAUAUUUAUAUUUUUUAUUGAGACAUUUUGACAAUGGGUGAAAAUGCUGUUUAAGCCAUUAUACAUAAUACAUGGGGAUAAAUGUUGGUGAGCGUGUCUCCAGGCACAUCAAGUUGUGUUGUGUUUUGAUUUUGUUAUAUACUAAUGGUUCAGUGCUCAGCUUGUUUGUGUUGGAGGCAUACUGCAAGUUCCUGACAGGUGUAGUAAAAAUAAAUCAGGCAAUGGAAUCACCCCUCCAAAGCUUUGUUUUUGUAAAGUGUCCAGAAAAUUGGUUUGCUAGCUGUAUGUAUCUAUUAACUGAGUGAAUCUCAAGGUCCAGGUCAUAUUGCACCUUAUUUUAUUAUUAUUAUUAUUAUUAUUAUUUUUAAGUAUAAAGAAAAUGAACCUAUUUUUGGGAGCAUUAUUUGGCAUUAUACUGUAAGGCAUCUUAUAUUUUGUAUUUGAGGUGGUUUUUAGUUAUUCUCAUGAUUCUCAUUCAGUUCUCAUAGAUUACUCUAAUUCAUUAAUAUCACCCAGUAUGGACACAAUGGUUGAU